UACGUCACAUCCUCUUGUAAAGCAACACGUACACAAAAUGCCUACUGCAUCACCAAGUUCAACCAAUGUCGGAGGUGGGAGGUCGCCAUCCUCAAAAUCGGUGUCUCCCCGAUCAGGAGGUGGCACUGUCAGACAAAGGAAAACUACCACCACAACCACAACGGCCCGAAAAACCGGAGCUGGUGGAGGGGGUGCUGGUAUGUGGAGGUUUUAUACCGAGGACUCGCCAGGAAUUAAAGUGGGACCAGUGCCAGUGUUAGUUAUGAGUCUUCUCUUCAUUGCCAGUGUCUUCAUGCUACACAUCUGGGGAAAGUACACUCGAGGAUAAACAUUCCGCGGACAGCUUCACAUAGACAUUUAUGUUUUAUAACGAAAGACCACGGAGGAACUUUUAGCUAGCUUAAGCAUAAAUUAAUAUAUUCUAUUGGUUUAUGGAUUAACCUUGGGGAAAAAUGAUUGUAAUUUUGGUCACCGAUGUUUGCAUGGUAUUUCAAAUAUCCCUAAGCAAAAUGUCCUCCAAUCUUUGAUUUGGUGGUUGGUUACAUCAUGCAUUUAACUCCUCCUAAAGUGGUCUUUUUGUACCGCAAGUGACCUAAAUUACCAUCAGACAGCAGUGGUUUUAAGAGAAGAGGCAUCCAGUCUCCUCCAGACAUCACCAAAAUCACAACCUGUGACAUGGAAAGUGUUCUGUUUAUUCCGACGCCUGCUUGGAUCAGAGAAUAUUGCGAUUUCAUUUCAUCGUCUUCUGGUGACUUACACACACCAUGAUGGCACAACCUUUGAAGACGUUGACUUUUAGAUCAUUUGAAGCCAAAUUUGUUACAAAAUGUAUUUAUCAUCGCAAUCUUGAUAAAUUAAAUCAAAUAAAUUAUUAUUCAUA